AUGACUACUGCUGUGCCGACGCUUAAGAACCUUUAUACACAUCGCACCGCAACAUCAGAACGACCAUGCUUUAUAUGCAAUCAUUUUACGAAAGCAGUUUUGACAACAGAUAAUGGUCACUUGGACGAUCAUGGGUUUGCAACGGUAGUUCCAGAGCCAGAAAAAAAACUACCACCAUCACCGAAAUCAACCGAAAAAAAAGAACCCACUAAAAAAGAAAAAAAUGCCGAUAAAGCUGCUGAAGACGAAAAAAAUAAAGAUUUGACACAGACUAAAAAAGUAAAGGAUGAAAAGAAUAAAGACGAAAAAGAGAAAGAUGAAAAGAGUAAAGAUAAAAAAGAGAAAGAUGAAAAAAAUAAAGACAAAAAAGAGACGAACAAGGAAUCGCCAGCACCCAUCCCACCACCACCUAAGCCAAAACAUACAAAACUUGUUGGAACAACUUCCUAG